AUGCUCGCGACAUCGACCCGACCCGUACGCACCGCUGCCACGACCGUGGCAACGGUGGCCUUCCGCCCGCACCACCUGGCCUCCUCGGGCACGACGACUGGCCUCCGCUCGAGCGUCGCGUCGUCGGCGUCCUACAAGACGGCGGCGGCCUCUGCACCGCGGUGCUCGCAGCAGCUCGCAGCAGUCCGCUUCGCGCAGCGCUCCAGCAACGGCAGCGCGUGGGCGGCGUCCUCCUCUCCAAUCGCGGCCAGGAUACCGCGCGCCGCGGCGCAGACACAGCUGCGCACCGCGGCGAACGAAGCCCGCGUCGGAGCUACCACGUCGUCGAACGCGCAGUCCGGGGCCAACCUGGCGCAGACGACCAAGACGAGCAAGGGCAGCAGCGCUCCCAGCAGCGCCACCGCGACGGGCAGCAUCAACAGCCACCUUGGCGGCAGCACCAGCAACAGCAGCAGUGGCCGCCAGGCCCUCGCGCCCAACGAGACACUGACGUGGAACCGGUUCCUGGGGCUGCGCAAGACGCGGCGUCGGAUCGGGCUGGUGGCGUCUGUGGCGAGCGCGGUGGCGGCGACGGCCGCGGGCGCAAACAUCAUGAUGGCAUAUGAUCUGGACACGGUGGGCGCGGCGACGCUGGGCAUGGACUCGAUAUUCGUGAUGGGGCUGGGGGUUGUGGCGAGUGGGGGCGUGGGCUGGCUUGCUGGGCCUGCGGUUGGGGAUGCCGUGUUCAAGGUUUUGUAUCGUAGGCUUGGGCCGCAGAUUGCGCAGAAAGAAGCCGAGUUCUUCCGGCGCAUCAAGAAGUUCCGCGUGGACCCGACGUCGUCGUCGCUGAACAACCCGGUGCCGGACUACUACGGCGAGAAGAUCGGCUCCGUGGGCGACUACCGCCGCUGGCUCAAGGACCAGCGCGCCUUCAACCUCAAGACGUCCGGGCGCGCGCGCGGCGCCGCUGCCGGUCGCGUUGCGCUGCGCAAGAAGGGCGAGUAG